ACUCUUAAGACCUUUUUGCCAAAAGCUUAUACAAAGUAGUUUUCUCAGGAUGUUCCCCUGACUGUUAUACAGGUUAUCCUAGAGGCCCAUAUUUUGGUGGCAAUGGUAGCGUUGUUGUGUCUGGCUGCUAGUGCAAUUCCUCAUUUUGUCCUGUGCAAAUUGGAUUCACAUCAGGUGAAUGACUUGGCCAGUCAAGAAUUUUCCAGUUUUUGACCCUUUGCAAUUACUGGGCUCACCAGUUAUUGGAGUAUAUAUUAUUAUAUGAAGUGUGUCUUCAACAGCAAAUAGAACUGCAGGAAUAUGGCUGCAUACUUCACCUAAACUGGCUGUACAUGUGCAAAGAGCAGUUACUACAUAGCCAUGCUUGCUGUCUUUGAGAGGAGUUUGUUAGACACUGUUCAUGGAUGAUGGUCGCUUUUACAAAAGUAACUGUGCUUUCUGGUGUGAUGUUGUGUUGCCUUACAUUUUUGACAUGACCAGACACAUAAUAAUUAUAGGCAUCUAAUGAUUUAUAUGCCCGCAAAGCUUCACUAGUGAAGGUACCUGGAGUAUUUAUGAGGAAGUUGUAAACAUCCAUAUAUUGGACAGGAAGAAGCUUAGCUUAGGUCAAUAGACCAUCCAUACCUAUGAUCAUGUGGGUCUGGGAGUGGUAUGAUGGCAUCACCAGCAUGGAGCUGCAGUUUUUUCUAUAUCCGGAGUAUAAUCUACUGUGUCUAGGCCAACAGCAUAGGUGGACAAUGGACUAAUUUUUCCUUUGCUGUGGGUGCUCCUCUGUUCUUUUCUUCACUCUGUUCUGUUUUCCUAUGAAUUCAAACUUUGCCUGUUUACUUCUGCUUUUCUUAUUCCUCUUCCUUCUUUCUGCCUGCUUGUCUUUCCCUGCUUCACUACUUUUUUCUGUACUGGUGAAUAAAGUGAAAGUAAAGAAAACCAAGUCAAAAAUGACCAUCUCAAACCUCUUUGAUGUAUUUAAGCAGGUCAUCAACAUCAACAAUUGUAGGCUAACCAAGACAGCUAGUCCAGCUAAUAGACUUUACACACAAGACUAUUAUAAACAAAUGGUGAUAGCUCACCUUUUGUCUGUUUUGCAGUUACAUCCCUAUACAAACAACGCGGCAUCUAUCUACCCAGAAGUAGGUGUAAGCAAGCAAUGCGAUUCCCCGUAUAUCCCCAUGGGGCGCUCUAGGCAUUGGAUUGUUUGCAAUCACCUGACUAAUUAUACAGUUAAUAAAAAAAUGUUAAUAAUUACAGCACAGUAAGGAAGCUGUCCUAUUAUUAUUCGUGCCACUUGCUUUUAAAUUUUGUCAGUCUAUGGCUAACUAGUAAAAAGUGAUCAGAGGAUUGGUGUUUUGCUUGAUACCCUGCUGAACUUUGCAGUAAUUGUACUAACAUGCUUGCUGGUGAGCUCAGCAUUGCCGUGGUAGAUUGAUUCAGUUGUUUUUUUGUUUUUUUGAGGUCCUUGCAACACAUAUACUAUAUGACCAAAAGUAUGUGGACACCCGUUUGUCUGGGGGUUUUUUCAUGGCUAGGACCCUUAGUUCAAGUGAAGGGACUGCUGUGACACAUGACGUGCAUUAGCACUGCGUUGCUUAUCCAUGGCCCUGGAAGUUGACAGAUCUUUCCCAGAGCUCCUUUCUCACAUGGAACCAAAGAGCUGCCGGUGGAAGACACGGAUCCCUGUAUCUACAUCUGGUUCCCACCCUGGCAUCUCCAGAGAAGGAUUGGCUUAUGGCCUACCUGCUAAAAGUCCAGAGAGAGACAGAGGUGGUCAGAAGAAAACCGUGACCAUGGCCCCCAGGUCUAGGUAUCUAACAGAAAAGAGUCAAUACGUAGUGAGAAAGCCGCUGUUUGCCGACAAUAGCCACAUUUCAAUCCUCAAGAAGCCCCCUCUUCUGGAACAUUCAGAGCAGGAAGUUGAGCCAGAGCAGGGUUGCAGUAACCUGGAUCGCCACUGGGAUAUGCAGUGCUUAUCCACUUUGCCGGCUGAGGAAACCCCAGACAGUUACGAUGCUUGUCCAGCCUCAUCCCUGUCAACCUCUGCAGAGGACCUGAGCGUGCCUCUCUCCACCUUGGAUCUGAGGAGCUGGUCACCUCAUGAGGACACCAGCAUGGUUGCAGGGUUUCAAGCCAACUUGCCCCGCCGUCGCUGUCUGUCGAGCCCUCCUCUUGAUGUCCACAGCUUGAAGGUGGAGAUGAGCCCCAAGUGGAAAUCCACCCAGAGGUCGUCCUCCCUGGAGCACUACUUCUCUUCCUCACACUUCUCCAGGAGGAACAGGGCGGAGCACAGCCUGGUCCAACCAAGAGACACUUCUCUGAAUCCCAGGUCAUCACUUGCUGACAAUAAGUCCCACCCACUUCCUCUCCAUAAGAUGUCCCCCUUUCAGGCAAACUACUGGGCAUGCGCCAUCCCUCGCAGCCUGCUUUCAUCCCCAGAUAGGAAGUCCCCCAACUGGGAUCCGGACAAAGAGUACGAGACCCUCCUGGAUUACACCUACCCACUGAGACCCAACCACCUCCCUGCACUGGACUCCACAGGCACUAGGUCACUGUUGCGAACCAACCCUGUGCUGCUGGACUCUGGGAUCGGGCUAGACCGCUUCUGCAGCUCCUCCAAUCUGUCGUGCUCAGACCAGCCUCUGAGGGAGAAGAGGAGGGGCCUGAGAGCCACGGAGCAGGUCAGCCCCGCCCCCAAGGAGCACUUGCAUUCCAAGCACUAUGGCUACAGGCCGUUUGGCAGCUCCGACUCAUCUGUGGACCAAAUAGGUCUAUCGUCGGAGAGCCUGUUGGAAACCGACAGCAAACGGGCCCACCGCUGGACACAUGGGUGGAAGCAGGGCAUCUUUGCAUCCGGCGACCCAGCCCGGCACUUCAUUCCAACCUCGCAUGUGCUGCCUGCCCGCAGGAUGGUGUGGGACAGUGACGAGGAGUUCUAUGCCCUGCCGGGUCAGCUGCAGGAGCUGCAGGUGCUGUCGCAGCACCUCCAGACCCUCUCUGAGCAGGUCUGCAAGUCCUACGACAACAGCUGCGAGUCCCUGGAGAAGGAGACGUCUUCUGAAAGGACGUCCGCAACAUUGGUGGAAAACAAGCCCGAGGAGGAGGGGCCUGGUGAGGAAGGGGAGGGGCCUAUCUUCAGAAGCUCCUGCGGCCAGGAGCGCUCGGCGGAGGUGGAGGGUCUGGAGGCCAGUCUGCGGAGGCUUGGCAAGGAGGUCAACAGAUGCAGCCUGAGGAAGGUGGCGUCUUGCAUGCAACACCUGAGUGGGAUGUCCCUGGACGGGGUCUCCCUGUCCGAGGUGCAGGGGAGCAUGCCAACAAGCCUCGAAGACUUUGAGGCCAAGGAGUCACUCAUGCAGCACAUUCAGGAAUUUUGCUCUAACCUGGAGAAGCUGAUCAUUUGGCUGUACAGCGUGGUGGAGAAGAUGGAGCGGUUGACUCCACCCGCUGUUGAGAUUGAGAGUGUCAAGUCCUCUCUCGCGGAUUACCAGAGCUUCCAGAGAGAGCUGUGCUCCCAGCAGCCCCUGACCGCUGCUGUGCUCCACAAGGGAGGAAUCCUGCUGCGCUCAAUGGACUCCACCUCUCCUGUUCUGAAGGAGACGCUGCGGCAGAUCGAGCAGCAGUCCAGGGCCCUGGAAGCGCACGCGGAGCACCUCUUCUCCUCCAUCCUGUUGGCCAUGGACAGCCUCACAGAGCCCAGCAGCUCCGAGACAGAGGUGCAGGUCACCGGGCUGUCCACACAGGAGAGUUGGCUCACGGAGCAGGAUUGAGCAGCAGCAGGACACAGACACGUGCCCUCAGCACAGAGACUUGCCCCUUGACCUUAGAAAGCACCUUUUUACCCAGCAGCUCACCAGCCAGAUCCACUCUUCUUAAAACAAGCGCACUUCAACUUCACAAUUAUGGCACACCUUUAUCAUGUAUUUUUGUUUCAUCCAUCAUAUGCAUGUUUUUACUACUCUUACUAAAAUGUUUCUACAUGUAAUUAUUAUUGUUUGAUCAAAGGAUACUUAGAAAAGAUUAAAAAUGCCACUAAGGACUUUUUUUUACCUGAUCAGUGCACACUGGCGACUAAGAUUCAGAAGAGAUUUUGCUAAUAUUUCAUUCAUUGGGAUUGAUUAUUCUGUUUACAGUUUACCCCCAUUUACAGUCAAUCCCAUUUUGAUAAAGCUUUGCAGAAAAUCUAUCGACAGCUAGUCAUUCGUAGAGUGCUACUACAUAUGUACCACAUCUGUCAGAUGAAACUUUGCAUUGCCUUCUUGGAGAGACGAAACACAGAGCAACAUUUGCCCAAUUGUUGGACAUAUUCAGCAGAGAUUUCACAACUGUUGAACAGCAUAAAUCUUAGGUCUCUUUACACUAUAGAAAAAUGGUAAAUCAGGGUGCCGACCGAAGGCUUUUUCUGCAGUGACUUCAGAAAAAUGCACCGUAACCUCUAACCUCUGACCAAAAAACAAAAACCUCUACCUUUUUCGACAUCUCUUAUUGGCACCCUUGGAAAACAGUCGGUGACAUUUACCGUCAGAAACUCACCGCAGGAUGUCAGUUAAAUAACUGCCAAGUUACUCAAUCUGACUGAAUUGUGCGGUGGUAACCAAGCUGGCUGGGUGACAUGCGUGUCCUUGGAAUGUGCUCUGUGAGCCAGAAUGCCAGAUCUUAUUACAGGCAUUAUUAAGCAGCACUGAAAUACACGAGGUAGAAUGAAAGCAAGGAAAUGCAGUAAAACAAACCUUGGAUGGCCUUUAAUGUUAAUGUAUACCACUCUGUGCUUAAAUUACGAGGGCCCGAGUAGCCUGACCGAUGUUAAGGUUUAUGUAAUUCAAUUCACCAGCAUACAUUUUCACAAUAAAAGUUCUAAUAGAUGA